CGAGGGUGCGCACGUGCGCGAGCGCGCGACGGCCAGCCGGAGCGGUCACGGCAUCCUCGCAGCAGCAGCAGCGGCAGAGGCAGCAUCCUUCUCUUCAAGACUGCUGGAGCACCGCGAUUUGUGCGUCCGCCGUUUCUGACACAAGCUAAAGCGAGCCGAGCCGGAAGCUCGGCAGCGUCUUGGCUGUCUUUACUGGGAUUUAUUUUGGAUUUAUCGUCGACGUCCUAGGAAAAUAAGAAGAAAACACAGUCCGAGAGAGUAAACCUGAGUAGCUGAGACCACUGGUCAACACAGGUGAUACUUUCCGGCUGUCAAAUCCGCCGAGUCCCCGCAGACACGUCGGGUUAUUUCGGGGUUAUUUUGCAGUUUAAAGGCCUCGAUAAAAAGAGACAUUGGUCCUGUGGCACGCUGGACUGUCAGCAGAGAAAUUCAUUUCUUGCGGGGACCAACCCGAGCUCGGCUGCUCGUAUGGAGAAUCCUACUAAACCGAGCUGUUUGUGGUGGGUAUUGCAGUAGAGGCAGCUUUAUUUUUGGGAUUCAGUCUCCACUCUGUCAUCGUCUCCAGCCAUGAAGUCCCACCUGCCGGCCCGGUUGGACUGAACGAGGUAGAGCUCUGCCGAGGGGGACCUCCCCCCUCCCCUCCCUCCCCAAAGUAUUUGAGCUAUUUUCUUUUUAUUUGUUUUCAUUUUUAUCUUUGUUUUUCCCGCGAGCUGGCGGAAGGUUUAAGGAGAAGAACGAAAUCUGAAGAAGAGAACAGCAGAGGGAAUCUGGCGCCCUACCAGCACCCGUGGAUCCCACAUUAACAGAAUUCAUCAUCAAUCCAAUUAUCUGGAUAAUUGAGGACGAAUAGGUAUGGAACGCAACAGAGCCAUGGCUUGGGAAGUGUUUCGGAUCACCGUUGCUCAGAAUCACCACUGACCUGGCAGCCACUCCAAGGUCCAAACCCCUUUAUCCGGCACCCAGAGCCCAAAGGACCCUUCUCUCCCAAGCAGCUGCCUUGUCCUCCACUUCACCUUCAGUCAGCGCCCUUAGUCUUGGUCGAGUUUCUAAAAAAGCUCCUUUUUAGUCAUUAAGGGUUUUUUACCUUCCAGAUCGUUGGAUAUAAUCCACUUUUACUCAUAAAGAGAGACGUUUUCCCAAACUGACUAAAAGCAGGUGGCUGAACAGUAUGAACUCAGUCAUGAAGCCCCUUCCAUUCUUUAUAAAUAGACAGAGUCGGCGGAGUUUGUCGUCCAGGACAAGCCACCUCAGCCUUAUGACAGACUGGUGCCUCAUGAGCGUCCUAGGCCUCAUUCUGCUCUUCAGUCUAGCCUCGAGCCAGAAGAUGGAUCCUUCUAAACACCCUAUCGUGACCACUAACUAUGGCAAGCUCAGAGGCAUCAAGAAGGACUUGAACAAUGAGAUUCUUGGCCCUGUGGAGCAGUACCUGGGUGUGCCCUACGCCACGGCGCCCAUCGGCGAUCGCCGCUUUCAGCCACCUGAGGCCCCGGGAUCCUGGCAGGAGAUCCGCAACGCCACCCUCUUUGCCCCUGUGUGCCCUCAAAAUGUUCACGGUGUACUGCCGGAGAUAAUGCUGCCCGUGUGGUUCACAGACAACCUGGACGUGGCGGCCGGUUACAUCCAGAACCAGAGCGAGGACUGCCUCUACCUCAAUCCUCAUGUUCUUGGACUUCAGCCGGCUACAGCAGCCUCGAUCUUUGUGAUCUUGUGCGAGCUGGAGAGCCACUCGGACCAGAACCUCAAGUAG